AGGAUGUAUCUUCAUGUGUUGUACCUGCUUCAUCCUUUAUUUCGGUGUUUGAAAUGAGCCAUUUGAACUCGUGCUGUCAGUGAAGGUGUCGUCGAUGUAAUUUAAUGCGGACAGAGAGGAGAUGAAAGAGGAUGCGCUGAUUUAUGUUCUUAUCCAGAACCAGCAGUGAGACAGCAUCUUUACCGGCGACACGUCAUUAAGCACUAAGUGGACAAGUUUUAAUUAAAGGACACCAUGUCGGACAAAAGUGACCUAAAAGCAGAGCUGGAGCGAAAGAAGCAGCGCCUCGCCCAAAUCAGGGAGGAGAAAAAACGAAAGGAGGAGGAGAGGAAGAAAAAAGAGUCGGACAACCAGCAGAAGACGGAGGUGACUCCAGAAGAUUCAGAUUUGGAUCGCAAGCGCCGGGAGACCGAGGCCCUGCUGCAGAGUAUCGGCAUCUCCCCCGAGCCUCUACUGGUCCCGACCCCCGUUUCCCCCUCCAAAUCAGUGAGCACGCCCAGUGAGACUGGGAGUCAAGACUCAGCAGAUGGAGGAGCAGCCGGCAGGACAUUGCAGUGGGACACAGACCCCUGUGUGCUGCAGCUGCAGGCGGAUUCAGAGCUCGGGCGCAAGAUGCAGAGGCUGGGGGCCUCUAAGAUCACACAGGUGGACUUCCUGCCCAAAGAGGUGGUCUCUUACAGCAAGGAUACACAGACGCCUUUCACCCACCUGUUAGAGGAGGAAGAGGAAGAUGAAGAGAUGAUGGAGGCAAAGCCAGGCCCAGAGUUUGAGCAUCGAGAUGAAGAUGACGGAAAGGGAACCAAAGAAGGCUCAUUUCCCGUGUUGCGGGAGCUGACAGAGGAGGAGAGGCAGCAGAUCCUCCACUCCUCCGACUUCCAGAGCUUCUUCGACUGCAGCAUUCGGGUGAUGGAGAGAGCUCUGGCUGAAGAUAGCAACAUAUUCUUUGACUACAGCGGACGAGACCUGGAGGACAAAGAGGGAGACUCUGGAAGCGGCUCCAGUUUGUCCUUCAAUCGACUCUUCUAUGACGAGCACUGGUCAAAACAUCGUGUCAUCACCUGUCUCGACUGGUCCCCUCAGUAUCCUGAGUUAUUGGUCGCCUCCUAUAACAACAAUGAAGAUGCUCCCCAUGAACCGGAUGGAGUUGCCCUGGUGUGGAACAUGAAGUUUAAGAAAGCUACACCAGAGUACAUCUUACACUGUCAGUCUCCAGUGGUUUCUGUUGGUUUUGCCAAAUUUCAUCCCAACCUGGUAGUCGGUGGAACUUACUCAGGUCAGAUCGUCCUGUGGGAUAACCGCAGCCACCGUCGGACCCCUGUCCAGAGGACUCCCUUGUCUGCUGCUGCACACACCCACCCGGUGUACUGCGUCAACGUGGUCGGCACCCAGAACGCCAACAACCUGAUCAGUGUAUCUACAGACGGCAGGAUGUGUUCGUGGAGUCUCGACAUGCUUUCUCAGCCUCAGGAAACCAUGGAACUGGUGUACAAUAAGUCCAAGCCCGUGGCGGUGACAGGCAUGGCCUUCCCCACAGGAGAUGUUAACAACUACGUGGUGGGGAGUGAGGAGGGUACUGUGUACACAGCAUCCAGACAUGGCAGUAAAGCAGGCAUCUGUGAAAUAUUCGAGGGCCACCAGGGGCCCGUUACAGGCAUCAGCUGCCACAGUGCGGUGGGCACCGUAGACUUCUCCCACCUCUUCAUCACGUCCUCCUUUGACUGGACCGUCAAACUCUGGAGCACCAAGCACAACAAGCCCCUGUACUCCUUUGAGGACAACGCUGAUUAUGUGUAUGAUGUCAUGUGGUCGCCUGUGCAUCCCGCCACCUUUGCCGCCGUGGACGGCAUGGGCCGUUUAGACCUGUGGAACCUCAACAACGACACAGAGGUGCCAACAGCCAGUGUGACCAUUGAGGGAGCGUCAGCGCUGAACCGGGUCCGCUGGUCGUCAGGAGGGAAGGAGGUGGCUGUGGGCGACUCGGAGGGCCGAGUUUGGAUCUACGAUACAGCAGAGCUCUCCGUGGCUCACCCGGACGACUGGGCUCGCUUUGCUCGUACUCUGAUGGAGAUCCGUGCUAACCGGGCGGACGGUGAGGAGGAGGGGGCCGUGGAGCUGACUUCGUAGAUGAAGGACUGUGAAGCCACAAG